AUGUUCCUCACCGAGCAGUACGAGCAGGUCAUCAUCCUCGAAGACGAUCUCGAGGUCUCCCCCGACUUCUUCGAGUACUUCGACGCUACCAGUCCCAUCCUCUGGGCCGACCCGACUCUCUACUGCGUCAGCGCCUGGAACGACAAUGGUCAAGUCACCCAUGUGCACGACCCCACUCGGCUUUUCCGCAGCGAUUUCUUCCCAGGCCUCGGCUGGAUGCUCACGCGGACGCUCUGGGAGGAACUGGGACCGACCUGGCCGGGAGCGUACUGGGAUGACUGGCUGCGCCAUCCCAACCAGCGAAAAAACCGCGGGUGCAUUCGACCCGAAGUGUCGCGGUCCUACACUUUCGGCGAGAUGGGGACGAGCAACUCGCAGUUCUACAGCAAGUUUUUGAAGGGGAUAAAGAAAAACGAGGAAUUUGUGGAAUUCACAAAAAUGGAUCUGCAGUUCCUUCUCAAGCAGAACUUCGAUCCGAUGUGGAUCCGAACGAUCAACGAGGCGACGGAGGUGACUCGUACAAGAUUUUCUACGAGUGGGAGAGAGGAGGAAAGAGUGAGGGAUAGUGGGUUUUCGGGGAGCGUGCCGUUUAUUCGACUGGCGAACGAGCUGCAUAUCAUGUCGGACGAGAAGGCGGGCGUGUAUCGAACGGCGUAUAUGGGGGUUGUGGCUGUGCAGACGAAGGGGACGCAGCUGUAUCUGGUGCCUCGCUCGGGUCCUUCGUUUGUUUAUUCUAGCUGA